AUGACGGCAGAGGUUAGGCCUCCACUGGCACUCGUUGAAGUGCAGCAGAAGCGCGAGGCCGCAGGCCCACAGACGACCUGGGUGAGUUCCUCUCCUCUUCCCGCCUUCUCUUCCCUCACCGGCACGCCCGUCACGCCGCUCCCCCCGUCGCGGCUGUUCGCUUCUUGUGCUCGACGUGCCGCCGCCACCCUGUGCCCGACCGCUUCCCUCCCGCCCUCGGAUUCUGCUCUGUCUUCGUUCGCAUCGCUGUCUGGUCCCGUUGUGCCGUCUGCCUCGCUUCGUUCCUCCUCGGCCUGUCCAUUUUCUUCAUCCGUGGAAGGCGCGCAAAGUCUCACUGCCCUCUCAUCCCCUCCAGGCCACGGCACGCACCGGAAGAAACCUAGUCGGCACUCGCUGCUCCCCGCGGGAGAGAAUUCCGGAGGUUUCUGCGACGACAACGAGCACGGAGAUGACGUCCGGAGCGAAGGCGACUCUGGCAGAUCGGACGGAACGGGAGAGGGAGGCUGCAGCGAUGAAAAAUUCGCCCGGCCACACCCGCAGAGUCGUGGACGAGGAGAGGGCUCGCUUCAUACCUGCUUCCCCGAGCUUUAUGAGAGCGCGCAUGCCCUGUCUUUGGCGCCUCGCACAGCCACCGGAGGCUGCCAUGGGAGUAGCAGCGCCGACACAGGAGAUGUAGGGAGGAUCUGUGGGGAUGGGCUCACGAGGCCAGCGGACGCACAGCUGCAUGGGACACGCAAGGACACACAAGCGGAAGACGCGAGAGGAAGCAACGAAGAGGCUAAGGACAAUGGGCACGAGUGCCGCGAGUGUGAACCGCUCAGGGAUGACGGAGACACAUCGCGGGGAGGUGUCGCGGCAACGCAACGCCAGGCUGAAGCCAGAAAGAAAAGCCGAGGCAAACGAGAAUGGGCCAGGGGCAGACCAGAAGAGCUUAAGCCGCAGGGGCAGUGUCGGGAAGAUGACGGGGGUACAGACACCGACAGGCCUCAGGAAGAGAGGAAAUGCGACCAUGACGAGAGUCAAAGAUACGCUGAAGGUGGCCGCACAUUUGGCAAAGAACACAUGCAAGCGGACGAUAUCCAGGAGCCAACAGAGACCGGAAGAAAUAUGGGUGCACAGGAACUGCCAGAGUGGCGUACUCCUUGCGAAUGCUCCAGUUCAGGUGAGGAAGAGCCUUGGGGCGAGAUGAACGAAACCACACAGGAUACAAGAGAUGAACGUGAAGGGCGCCUGGUGCCUCGCAGCAGUGAUCCGACUGAAAGUGUAACGCAAGAAUACCAGAACCGAGGGUCAAGGGGAGAAGGCAUGAGGGAGGCCCCAGACGUCGCCGAGGGCAAGGAAAUGUCCCGCGUCUGGAAACAGGGCACAGGCGCGGGCGCGGGCGACACGGAAGCCGAUGCGCCUGUUUUCUGGUGCAACAGAGCUAGGCAUGCUAUGACGAUACCGGGAGGAAGAGGCGUCCAGUUUUCGCUUGCCCGCGAUAGCGCGAAAGCCGAUGGCGUGAUUGUCGCGGCACUCGGAAGCGAACUCGCAAGUGCCGAUGCAGCAGCCUGCCCUGGCGAAGACUCUGAGAACACAGGAGGCGAAAGAACCGUCACAGGACGUAGUAGACGAGAUCAAAAGGACAGUGGGGAUGGCCGUGGGAGUGGCAGUCUCCUCAGGGUGGCUGGUCACCCAGGUUCUGAAGACGCCAAACCAACUGAUCAAACUAACGCGACGCUCCUCUCUACGACCGGCAUCCAUUUGCAGUUUCCGUGGGCCUUGUUCCGCAAGCGGAAACCUGGAGAAGCCAGUGCAGGUUGCCCUGCCGUUCCCUCUAUGCAUGCUCGCCCGCCGUCAAUUGCGCGCCUACAGCUAGAAACGCAGCCAUGUUGUUCGCAUUUGACGGCGUCGCGUCCUUCUCCGCCAGCUUCGUCGUCUCGCGCUUCACCGGUCGAUUUGCGUUUUCCUGCUCGGCUUGCUCCUCGCGGCGUUCCAUUUCGCAUUCAUCACUUCGCUCCCCCUUCUCUCUCGUGUGCGGCGUCUCCCGUUUGCCAUCGAAGCCCUCGUCCCUGCUCGAUGUUUGGCUUGCCUGUUGUAGCGUCCGCAUCGGUUUCCGCGUGUGCCCCCUCGUCCCCGGCUGUGCUGCGUGCGCAGUCACCUCCUUCGUCCCUUCUGGCUUUUCCUGCGUCUGAGUGUCCUUCCGUGUUUUCUUCGCGUGCUGAGCCACCGGCCGUACCACCUCGGUGUCCCCGGUCACUGUCGCCUGUGGCUAGCCCACGGCGACCGUGCCUCCCUGGAUCUUCUUGUUCGCCUAAGCAUUCAGCGAGCCCUGCGCCGUGUGUGCUGUAUUCGGCGCCGUUUUGGAAGCUUCCCUCUGCACUCGCCGGAUUCUUGUCGUCGGUUGUUGUUGAUUCUGGUUCACCAUUUGCGGAGGCUCUCCCCGUCCUCCUCGCUUGCUACUCGUCGCCUCGCUUUCCGCCCUUCGCAUACCCGCGGGCGUUUGCUUCGCCGGUCCCUACGAGGCCCCUGCCUCGAGAACGGGAUCAGCCUUCUCUGACCGGGCUCCGACAGUCGCUCCGGUGGUUGCAUCGCCUGCUGCAGAAGGGGCCUUCAAAGCUUGUCGUUCGUGGUAGUCGCUUACGCCCUCCUUCGUCUGCGGGCGCCAGUUUGUCUCCGGGUUCCCGGAGACCAGCGAAAAGAGCCCAACGAUCAGCGGAAGCUUCUAUCCUUUUGUUGAAACAAGGCUUGCCGAGGCCUGCCUCUUCAUGGGCAUGCACUGCUACUUCGUCAGCACUGCACGCGGAUGCUGGUCGCAGUGGGGAAGGACAGCCGAGUAGCGUCGCCUCAGGCAGAGUCCGGAGGUAUGAAAAUGGCAUGGACUUUUUUUCUUUCGCGUCCGUGCUCGUCUCUUCUGGCGUGACUUCUUUAUCGUGCUCCUCGAAACGCCGUAGGAGUUGCAGCGAGCGUGAAGCAAUUCUCGCUUUGGGAGAGCUUUCUCAGUUGUCCUCCGUGGCGUCGCGUAGACCCGUCCUCUCUCCAGACUUCCCCCUGCAUGCUCGGGCCGCGUGUCUGCUGCACCUACGCACAGGGGUUCAGCAAGAGUCGGAGGAGAGAGACUGGAGAGAAAAGACGACCGCAGAAGAACACGCGGAGAAGCAGAGCAAAAGAAGACGCCAAGAGACUGCUCAAGGCGAAGAGCGAGGACUCACCGAGAAAUGCAGGAUCUCGGCGGAACUCGACGAUGAACACUCCCUGAGACAGGAGACACGGCGCACGCCGAGUGUAGACGCGGCCAGACACGAAAGUCUAGGGACAGCGGACGACGAUGCAGAGUCAAGUGGUGAAGCCUACGGCGCUGUCGAGAAAGCGGCCGCUUGCUCUGGUCGAGGUGUGUGCGCACCGUCGCAGGGAGAUACGGGCCGCACUGGGUCGCCACCUGGCGCCCAGCGAGACGCCGUGGAAACGCACCCCGCUGAGGGCCCUUCGGAGGCGAACCAACACGACGCCACAGAACCUCUAUACUGUACAGGGCGCGACGCCACAGGGGGAAGCUUACUUGAGGCUCCUGAGGACAGCGAGAGCAGAUAUCCUCAUGAAAAUGAAGCAGUAGCAGAGACCGAAGGCUUCUUGCCUGUCCCACCGAGGGCCGUCGGCGAAGAGGAAAAGGCUGGGUCUGAGGAAAAUGUAGAACGGCGAAAAAGCUGGGCUGGGCAACGUCUACCGGAGAUGGCUCCAGAUGAAAGAACCGCUAUCGGGUCGAUUCAUGCGCUGCUGUCACUGGCCAUCCGCGCUCCAGCUGGUCGCACCGAAUACCUUCGCCCCGCUGCGCUGAAUAUGUCAGCCGCCUCCAUCGAUGGCGGUUCAGGCGAGCAGCUUGUCCCCAAGGCGCGUCAGGAGAUGAGAGGAGUGCGCGGUGAGGGAGAGAAUGGCGACGAACAAGGCGAGGAACAAAGUGAUGGAACCGGCACGGAAGAAGAUAUCAUAUUCUCAGUUGUCGGCGAAGAGGAGCUUCUGCAAGAAGAAGCAUCCCUGCCUCUUCGUCUUCCUCUCUACCUCUACGUCUCGUACUCUCUCCCUGUGUGGCGGCUGCUUCCGCUGCACUCUUUAACUCGCCCAGGGGAGCACUCCUCUCGGCCUGUAUCGUAUUCGUCAUCUUCCUCGUCUUCCUUUUCCUCGCUCUCUCGAACAAACUGUUCAAGCGCGCCUGCCGUACCAGAUGGAGGAAGAGCUGGCGAGUGGCCCUACCCGGAUGUGAGGGAAUACGGAAUAUACCAUGCAGUAGUUGAACUCGUCGAGGCGUGCAGCCUGCGGCGUCAGCAAGUGCGGCUGCUUGAUUUUACCUCCGACUAUAGUGCAGUGUUUAAUGCAGCGAGAGAGGGAGAGCCAGGCUGCUUGCCGUCUCGCGAAACAGUUUUACUUUCUUCUCGGAGACGCGAAUGUAGCAAGAGGGACCACUCUCGCGCAAGCGGCAGGGUGACAGACGAAGGGGAGGCGCAAGGAGGAGGGGCGAGCGGAACGGAAUGGCGUCGCAACAGACUCAAGAGGCAUACCGGCGAGGCAGGCGAUCAGCAAGAGCCAGGCAUUGCGUCGCCAAUCUUCGAACCCGCACAGGCGACUAAUCGAAGCGACCUGCAGAUGUUCGACAGCGAUGUCACAGACAGUGAAAGCGCGGACCGACGAGAGGAUAAAAAAGCACCAGCGUCUGGUCCUGACGGAAAUAAGGAAGACGACGUCUUUACCUCGCUGGCUGCUGCAUUGGAUGCAAUCCAGAAGCGAGUCGAAGCCCUGGGCGGGCGCGUUGAAGGCGUCGCGGAGGCCUGGUGCUUCUGUGGAUUCUGCGCACAGGCUCGUAAAGUAGAACGGCCAGGCGAUCUUCCUCCCUCCCUGUCUCGGCUUCACCCAUCUUCACUCGCUGGAGCGCCACAACAGCCCAUCGUUCGCGCCGAGGGUUGUGCGCCGCUUGUGACGGGGUCGACGGAACGUUCAGCUCUAUCGCCGGCGUCCACCAGCACCCCCCCUCGACUACCUUCGUCAGCGUCGUUCUUUUUCGGGCGUUCGCCUUCUCAGCCAUCGACGACUCAGUCUUCUUCCAAAUCUGAGGAUACAGUGUCUGCCGGCAUGUGGCCUCCGGCUGUGGGACCAUUUUUUCGAGCUCAAGGUGUGAAAGGGAGUAUGCUGGCCGCAAACGUGUCUGCAACGGUGUCUGCAACGGGAGGCUCUGCGGGCAUCCCGAGUUUGUGGGGUUCCGGCGAAACGACUCACGCAGAGUUGCUAACGAACCAGGAGAAGUACAGGGCGAUGUCUGAUAGGUUGCGCCAUGCGAAUCAUGGACAAGAGCACCGAAAACGAAACACGGCCAACAUGUUCAUUUGGAUCGCUGCUGCGAACGUUUUCCUUAUGUCUGGACUACGUGACAAAAAUGCGAAGGCUCUUCGGCAUCUCUUCUGUCGUCAGAGCGUACAGAUCAUUUUCCCUCUGCACCUAGUGCGCCGCAAAAAGAGCGCACGCCUGGACGGAAUGGAGACGCUGGCACGAACAGAUGACGGAUACGGACGGCUGCGCGGCCCCCGAAAUACGUCCCUGGGAAGCGAAAACAAGACUGAGGAGAAAGUAAGUAAGCCGAGGCGCGUGAGUGAACGUGAUGUGCACUCCGGUGAGCAAGGGCGUCUGGACGACGCCGCUGAACCUUACCACGUUCAUCCGCGUCACGCUUUGUACCCUGCGUCGUACCUCAUAGCUCAGCUGGAGACAGAGCACGGCGAGGCGAAUGUAGAGAAAACGAGGAUAAAGAUGUGA